AUGACCACUGCUGUGAAAGAAUCCAAGCUAUUUCGUCGAGAUUUUGAUACCUCCAAACCUAGUACUAUGACGAAAGCUUCUGGGAUUAGUGCCGAAGUUUCUCAGGGCCAGCAGCAUCAAAGGAUAAUUACACCGGUCAAGGAGGCUCCGCCUCCACUUCCACAUGUUGACUUUAAUCAGCUUCCGCUAGCUGUGAUAAUUCGGAACUUGACAGUUUAUGCUGUGAAGGAGUUGAGUUUGUAUAUGAAAACCAAUGUUCACUCUACAGAGGAUCCCACCACAAGGAAAAUGGGAUUCUUGAAGCUAAUUAUCUUUUUGAGGAAUCAAUUUUUAAGGAUUUAUGUGUUGAUUAAAUGGUGUAAAACCAUCAAGCAGAAUAACUUUCAUACGAUGAUUGACCUGUUGAACUGGUUCCGUGGUACGAAUGUUAUUGUAAACAACUGUCUCUUAGCAUUGAAGGAUACAAGCACCAAUAUGGCUGGUGCAAAGCUUCCAAACCCAGAUUUAAUAACUGCCCUAGAAGUUUUAAUGCUUGGGAGACCCAACUUGCCUACUCAUGACUUUGUUUUGAAUGGAGAUGAUAGCAGCAACCAGUCGGAGAAAAUACCUGCAAAACUUAUAUUAAAGAGGUUACGAGAUUUGAACACUUGUUUAUCGAUAAAGAUAUCCUUGAUGGAUUUGCCUCCUGAAUUCCAUAGCUACUCUAUUAAAAAUGGUAGAAUAACAUUUGUUGUAAGCUCAGAAUUCGAGAUUUCUCUGUCUACUAUUGAUCAAGAUUCUCCAUUGUUUUUUGUCAAUAUCAAAUUCUUAUUUAACGACAAUCGGUUUCCAUUGAAUACUACAAAUAUUGAACGAAUAAUUAACGACAUACUGUUUAGAAGCCAGUCCCCGUUACUUUCGUUAUAUCAAUUCAUACACAAAUAUGUGUUGACCUUACAACUGUAUAUGAUACAUGUUGAAUUACAGGAUAUGGAAACAAAUGGAAAAUAUGCUGCAGGAAAUUUGCUCCAUCAUUAUGAUUCCAAAAAGAAUAUGAUUACUUUACGCUAUUGGUUACAAAGUAAGAUGAAUUCAAAAUGUAAAGCAACAAUUGGGGUGGAAAGGGAAACGCAAUCAAUUAUUCUAAAAUGGCAAACCCCGGAUAUCAAAGGAGAAAUGACGUCUACAAAAUACAACAAUCUAUUGGGUAACAUGGAAGCAAUUCUGGAUGAGAUUACUUUCAACCAUGCCAGGAUCAUCAGGUCAGAACUAUUGGUCACAGGUUUGUUCCAAAACGAUGAAAGUAAGAGUGAUGAUUCUGAUAGUUUGUUGUUUCACGUCCCUGUGAUAUGUGUUGCAACUGCGCCUGUUCAGUUAAAAAUCAACCCAAUAAGUGGAAUAUUUUAUUUUAGAAACCCGAGUUCGUUGUUGUUGUCUUAUGCAAAACUUCUCAACCAAACUUCCAAUCUGGAAGAGUUCACAAACAUCUUGGAAAGGUUGCGCAUGGAUAAAAUCGUCCAUAUUCUGAGGAACAUGUUUGAAAAAACAGGUUGGAUAUGUAAAGAUGUUGUCAAAUUGAAUAAACCAAUAUUGUAUGAAAAACGCAUUAAAGAUCAAAAGAAAAUUUUAACCCGCGAUCUGUUUAUCAGACUAAAAGACUGGCCGGCAAACUGGUUUUUUAUCUUGAGCCUUGUAUCAUCAGGAGCAACAUGCAUGGUAGAAAAAAUAAUUGGUAAAGUGAAAUCUAUUAAAGGUAACUGGGAGUUGAAAUAUCUUGAUCAAGGUAAGGUUCAAGUCGUCAAAUUAGAGAGCAUUACUUACCAAAAUGUCAUGCAUAUGCAAAAGACUAUUAUUCAAAAAAUUCUAAACCACAUGAUUAUCGAUUCUUUAAAUGAACUGAAAAUCUCAAAGGCGAUAUGUCAGGGUGAUGGACUCCAGAAGUUACCGUACUACGUUGAAGAUGGUGUUAGCAAUGUUUCCAACGUAUCCAUAAUUGCCAUAGCAUUAGAAUCUUUUUUACAAGGGUCCAAGGCAUUAAGUGACACUUUGGAAAACACCAUGUUCUUGAGAAUGGAUUAUGAACAAAAUGAAAUAAAAUUAUUUGGGAAAUUUAAAAAAGAUACCCAGAUGAUCAGAUGUCAAUGUGAUGAAUUAUUGGUAAAUUUUAUCGACAAAAAGGGGUUGGCAUUCCAUAUGAGCGAAAAGUUCACAAACCUAAGUCAUGUCGUCCAAUACUUGAAUAGGUUUAGGCAAAAACUAAUGCAAUUAGUCAUUCUUACAGAUGUUACUGAAAAACUUCAUCGAAAUUUUAAAUCCGAGUAUUUUCAGAUUGUUAAAUUGAAGCCAAAUGAGAUCAGUUUCAAAUAUUUAAAAAACAGUAAAGAUGAACAAGAUUGUACUAUCCAAAUUGUGACGAAUGACACCAAAAUCGAAAAACUACAAGUUGAACUCUCUCGUUUAAAUCCACAGCAUAUAAUUCAAAAAUAUUUGGAAUGUGAUAAAUACGAUCCUCAUUUUAUCUUCAACUAUCUCCAUUUUACAUCGAGGCUAUUCUCUGCAUUCACAAAGAUUCUGGAAUCGAGCUCUAAUACUAUGAAUGUGACAUUACAUUUACACACCUUAGCUGGAUAUCAAUUGAACUAUCACAACAGACUAACCGGCGGACAAGUUGCUUUGAGUAUCGAUCUGAGGAAUUUUCCGCAUAAGUCAGGUUCUUUGUAUUAUGUUCAUUUCGCUCAUGACGAUCAUAUAUCUACCAAGAACCCAAUGUAUGCACUAGUCCUGCAAGUUAUCAACACCAUUUUUAUAUUGAGCAACGGUGGAAAGAAAACAAUUCCAAACGCAAUCAGGUUAGGGGUUGGGGUGGCGUGUACAUCAAAUGACAUUGAACCGUUACUAGGUGAGAUCCACUCUGUGUUGACUCAUUAUUGA